UGCAACAGGCAACAAAGGGGCGAGAGAGAGGAAGAGAGACAGCGAGAAAAAAAAAAAUGUAAAAAGUUUAAACAAAACCUUAGAGAACACAGUAUCAUAAAAGCGGGAGCCCGUGAUAUUCCGAUAUAAUUAAAAAACACAAACGAACAGCCAUUUAAAUGUCCUGAAUACAUGACUGUAUUAAAGAAAUCGAGGACUUGAGUGUAAAUUUUUCCUUACAAUAUCCAGCGGUGUGUAAGAGACUCAUUUGGGAGAAGAUGAAGGUGACUAAGCUCUGUGGUUUGUCUUCAUUCUGCUGGAGGUUUUGACGAACAUUGCCUCUUGGGUCGAGUGGGUUCAAAAAAAAAAAAAAAAACACCACCUGGGGAUGGCUGCAUCAUUGCUUACAUGAAGUGCUUUGGAAGAGUCCAUGAUCAGCCGCCGUGGACAACACCUUGAGCAGCAUAGGUGAAGAAGAACCCUAAUCCCUAAUUUGGGAGGGAUUUUCAGAAUGAAGAAAAUUAGCCUUAAGACAUUUCGUAAGUCUUUUAACCUGAAUAAGGGCAAAGAGGAGGGAGAGUUUGUGGUUGUGCAGCAGCCAACCUUGACGGGUGAUUUUGGGAAAGACGAGUCUCUCUUUGGAGGCUGCUACGGCAAAGAUCUGGCUAGCUGUGAGAUGAACGAGGAUGAAAAAGGACACAAAAACCGAUCCAAGAGUGAGAGCCUCAUGGGCACCCUGAAAAGGAGGCUGUCUGCCAAACAGAAACCCAAAGGCAAAGGAAGUUCGCCAUCAGUAAGUUCUGUAGAUGAUGAUGAUACCUUCUCCUCUUCCUCUGCACCUAAUAGCUUUAAUGAUGUAAAGGCUCAGAGGCCCUUAAGGUCUACUUCGUUACGUAGCCAUCACUACAGCCCCACUCCCUGGCCCAUUAGGCCAACCAACUCAGAGGAGACCUGCAUUAAGAUGGAAGUGAAGGUAAAAGCCCUGGUUCACUCACCCAGCCCUAGCCCUGCACGCAAUGGUGUCCGUAAAGAGUUCCAUGCCCUCCAGAUGGAUGGUUUGUUCGAAGAGGAGAGUAACCCUCUGAAGAAUCCUGACUCUCAAAAUGGUGACUUGCAUUUAAGCAUUGAUGAGCAUGUGCCUGUAGUUAUUGGACUUACACCUCAGGACUAUAUUCAGUACACCAUGCCUUUAGAUGAGGGAAUGUAUUCAGUGGAAGGACCCCGUCCAUAUUGUCUGGAUAGCUCUUCACCAAUGGAGGUGCUGUCCAUGGUUUCACAGGUAGGGGGCAGUUCCAACCUUGUGGACGAGGGUCAGGUGGCCCAAGAUCUGGUGGUGGCACCAGACGUGUUUAUGGAACCUCCCAUCAAUGGGCUCUUGGUAGGUACCACAGGAAUGGUCCUUCAAAAUUCCAGAGUAGAAGCACCCCCUCUCUCCCCUUUACUACCUCCUGUUCCCAGCAUUCAGAUCCAAAGGAACUUCCCAGUUUUCGGCGGUGCUAAUGCCCAUGUUGCAGAAAGGGUGCGCCUCCAUUUGAACUUCGACCCUAAUUCUGCCCCUGGUGUAGCAAGGGUCUAUGACUCGGUACAGAACAGCGGGCCUAUGGUGGUAACAAGCCUCACAGAAGAACUAAAGAAGCUUGCCAAGCAGGGUUGGUACUGGGGUCCCAUAACUCGCUGGGAAGCAGAGGAAAAACUUGCCAAUCUGCCAGAUGGCUCAUUCUUGGUUCGUGACAGUUCAGAUGACCGUUAUCUCUUAAGCCUGAGCUUCCGUUCACAGGACAAGACUCUCCAUACUAGGAUUGAGCACUCCAAUGGCAGUUUCAGUUUCUAUGAACAGCCUGAUGUGGAAGGGCACACAUCCAUAGUGGACCUCAUUGAACAUUCUAUAAAGGACUCAGAAAAUGGAGCGUUCUGCUACUCCAGAUCCCGCUUGCCAGGGUCUGCGACUUAUCCUGUUAGGCUAACGAACCCUGUUUCACGGUUUAUGCAAGUGCGUUCACUCCAGUACUUGUGCCGAUUUGUUAUUCGCCAGUACACUCGAAUAGACCUAAUUCAGAAACUGCCUUUGCCAAACAAAAUGAAAGAUUACCUGCAGGAAAAGCACUACUGAAAAAAUAUAACUCAAAUAAAGCUUAUGGAACUUAUUUGCAACUUGCACUUUGGGAACUAUAAUAAAGUGAAAUAGGGUUUACAAACAUUCAUGGUUAUGAAAAGUGUGCUGCCAUUACAAUAAAAUACAUUUGUAUUGUUUAUUUUAUUUUUUAUUUUGAGAGACAACACUUGUACAUGUUUGCAACAACUAAUUGGUUGUGGUAAAAUGUAUUGGCAUAAUUUAAAACCAUUUGGCCUUCCCUUAGUGGCUACAUGUUUAUGCUGCUGCAGUGUCCACUUUAUUAUUUUUGUAUAACACAAAACCAUUAUUCUCUAAUUUUUUAAAGACAUAACACAUUAGGCAAAAGCAAAAUGAUUUGUUUGCUAAAAACAGGUGUAUUGUAGAAAAGGUGUUUUCAAUCGCCAUACUGUAUGUCUCUUGUGUCAGUAGUCUGUUUUGGGUAGGUGACGGGACCACUUGGUAAGAAGAAACGUGACGACUUGCUCUUUUAUCUGGACACUAAUUUAUUACAAUUCACCAGCCUUCAUUUUAUUGCCUGAGCCCUUUUUGUAUACAACACGACAAAUGGUGAAGGCAAUAUACCUGUUAGGCAGUAAUAUAUUUUCUUCCACUUUUUUUUCCUGCAAUUUUUUUUUUCUUCUUAAAUCCUAAAAGUAUUUCUGAAAUUUUAUAUUGGUACAGUUUUUAACCUUGGAAAAAUGGUCUUCUCCAAAGAUGGCCUCACGGGGAUUAAGAAAAUAACGGUCUGCAUUCUGGCAUUCGAAUUUGUAAUGCAAAGACUAAACAACAGCACAGAUUCAGCUCCUGGAUUAUAGGACUCAUCCUGCCUCCAUAUGAAUGGUAAUACCUUUAGUACUCUAUACAGUUUGAAAUAAUCCCACUACAGUUCCUGUCAUAGAAAUGUAAUAGAAACUACAUUUUGUUUUUUUAUCUCCCAUUUUUUUUUUUUAUUCAAAUUGAUAAACUUGUAAAAAAUGAUUCAGUGAACUACAGUGGAGGGCUAUGAAUUAAGUAGAAAGGGAAGAGCCAAGUGCCCCAUUUAGAUUUUAGUUUAAUAGUGUGUGAGUGUAAUAUAUAUAUAUAUAUAUAUAUAUAUAUAUAUAUAUAUAUAUA